AUGGCUGAUGAUGAGGUUGUUAUACCUGCACAGUGUGCGAUGAAACAAACUUGUGUUGUCACAGCUUCCAGUGCCAUCUUUGGAGAUCCUUGUCCAGGAACGAGGAAGUACUUGGAAGUCCAUUACGAAUGUGUAGCAGGCCAUGAAAAUAUGUACAGUAUUUUAUCUUCAGCAGACAAAACAGACCACAUCUUGACCUCUUGCCCACCAACUGUGUCCAGAAAUAUAUCAUGGGAUUGGACAAGGAGAGGACAGGAAGCUAUCGAACCAUGUCCUAGAGGGUCUGUAGACUUUUGGGAAUCUCGUUUUCCAGGUCGAGCCAAGUGGUAUUGUGUUGACGCAGUCACUACAGUGCACUGGAGCGAUGCCCUGCCGGAUCUCAGUGAGUGUCAGUCGCCUUGGGCGGAGAGUCUGAAACGCAGAAUCGAUGGAGGAGAUUCAGUUGUCAGCAUAGCAGCAGAGUUGGCGGUGAUUACCCGUACGAAGCCCCUCUACGGAGGUGAUAUUACUCAGAUCCUAACCAUCCUUCACCGGCUUGUGUCCAAAAUGGAGGACAGAGUACAUAUUAUGAACGAAAAACAGAGAUAUCACGUGAUACUGGAGAUGUUACAUGUGAGUGUUUGA